UGAGGCGCGCCUCUCGGGCUCUCCAAGCGCACAGCUCGCUGCGGGUGUUGAGGAUGCGGCUGCCCGAGUGGCAGGGCUUGCUCCAGCGGGCCGACGCGCUGGCCCACGGCGGGAAGCUGCCCGAGGCGUUGCGGCUCUACCAGCUGGCUUCCCGCCACCGGCAGCUGCGGGCCGAGCAACUGGGCGAGCUGGUGGCCUGCCUGGCGCGCAACGUGCGCAGCAGGGAAGGCGACGCCUGGCCGCCGCCGCUUCGCCAGGGCGCGGGCCGGGACUGGGAGGUCUUCGGGUGCCACAAGUGCCAGGGCUUCCUCUACGAGCCCGUCUCGCUGCUCUGCGGCCACACCUUCUGCAAGCGCUGCCUGGAGCGGGACCGCCAGACGCCGGCGGCUUGCGGCUUGUGCCGGGAGGGCGACGGCGGAGCGCGGCGGCUGCGGGUCAAUGUCAUCCUCAGCAACUUGUUGGCCAAGUGGUUCCCGCGCCAGGUGAAGGCGUCGCAGCUCCGCCACGAAGGGAAUCGCUUGUAUAAGGAGAAGAAGCUCCAGGCGGCCCUUCAGAAGUACAAUGAAGCCGUCAGCUUAGCCCCCAAUGAUCAUUUGUUAUAUAGCAACCGGUCCCAGAUUAAUUCUACUUUGAAAUGUUGCGAAGAAGCCUUGCAUGAUGCAGAAAUGGCCUGCAGACUCCAGCCAUACUGGUUGAAGGGUCACUUACGGAAGGGGCAAGCCCUAGCUAACCUUGGGAAGACUGAAGAAGCUUUACAUGAGUUCUUGUUUUGCCUUGCAGUGGAUGUUGGGAAUAGAACAGCCAAAUCGGAGGCUCAGCGGCUUCUCCUUAGUUUAUUUUCGCGUAUCCCGGGGGAUGCUCAGGAACAUUUGCCCGAUAUCCUGCAGUUGUUGUCCUGUCACUCUAGAUUAAAAGGGAACCUUUUAAAUUCAAAGGGAUCUGGAGGCAGCAGCCAGAGUCUGCAAGGGUUGCUUAAGGUCAAUGUAGAAGAGAACAAAAGUCUCGCUGAGGAUCGGAAAGAGGUUGAUUGUGGUAGUGUGGGGAGAUCUGCCCCAGUUACAGAGAGCAAAAAAGAUUCUGUUGGUGACAAGGACAGGCAUGCCUCAGUGCCUGAAUCUGCCCUUCUCAUUUCUGAGAAGUGCCGACUUUUAAAGAGGAAGCAUUACUCUGAGGAGCUCCCAGAUGCCAAUGUGCCUAGCAAAAUUAUGAAAAGGGACCCAAUUGAUGAAAAUGGACCCAGAGCUGGGAACUGUGUUCUCUUUGAAUUUGUAGACUCUUCUGACCUGGAGUGUUCACUGUGCAUGAGGCUUUUCUAUGAACCCGUCACCACACCCUGUGGACACACUUUCUGCCUGAAAUGCCUUGAAAGAUGCCUAGAUCACAACCCAAAAUGCCCCCUGUGUAAGGAAGGUCUCUCCGAGUGUUUGGCGAUGAGGAAGCACUGUAAGAAUGUGUUGAUGGAAGAAUUAAUUGCAAAAUACCUCCCUGAUGAACUCACCGAACGGAGAAAACUUCAUGAAGAGGAAAUUGCUGAACUGUCCAACUUGAAUAAGAAUGUUCCCAUAUUUGUUUGCACAAUGGCCUAUCCCACUGUCCCGUGCCCACUGCACAUCUUUGAGCCAUGUUAUCGACUGAUGAUUCGGAGAUGCAUGGAGACAGGCACCAAGCAAUUUGGAAUGUGCAUCGGAGACGCUGUCAAAGGAUUUGCAGAUUAUGGCUGUAUACUGGAGAUAAGAAACGUGGAGUUUUUUGCCGACGGGCGCUCUGUCGUUGACAGUAUCGGGAAGAGGAGGUUCAAAGUGAUACAACACAGCCAACGUGAUGGAUACAACACAGCUGAUAUUGAGUACAUUGAAGAUCAAACUGUACAAGGAGAAGAAUAUGCCGAGCUAAUUGUCCUCCAUGAUUCUGUAUACAACCAGGCCUACAUGUGGUUUAAUUCUCUGAAGCCAGCACUCAAGAGUCGUAUCCUCGGUCAUUUUGGUCCGAUGCCUGUUAAGGAUUCAGAGCUCCAGGCCAACCCCAAUGGCCCUGCCUGGUGCUGGUGGGUGCUUGCUGUCCUUCCCCUGGAAAGCAGAGCUCAGCUCCCCUUUCUUGCCAUGACCUCCCUGAAAGAACGUUUGGAUGCUAUCCGGCGAAUCCUGACCUUCAUGUCCCGCACAAGAUCUCGCUGAGGCCACAAGGAGUCCUGUGAAUCCUCUUGCAAUACUUGACUGGCGCACUCGAGUGUCUCGGUCGACUGUGGCCAUUUUCACACGCUGAGGCUUAAAUCUGCUCUCGAGCCUAUGUCUGGGUCUGGGGGGGACCCUUCCACAAGAUCCUGCCCAGCGCUACCACCAGCUUGAGUCAGGCCUGGGGUGGGGAAGGAUCACUGUUGCCACACCCUCCUAAGUGGCAGACCCCCCUAAGACCAUGGGGCCUCCAUAGCAGUGCUGUCAGGUCUGGCCUGCUGCUUUCCCUUGUCUCUGCUUCAAGCCAUUAACAGAAGAAAAUGCAGAAGAGAAACUUUUUGUUUUUGUGAUGUCAAAGAAUAUUCUGGCUCCUGGAGGCUUUCUUCAAAUUGAAGAAGAGCUACUUUUAAGCCCCAUGUGUGAAAGAGCCCUGUAUCUUGCUGCAAUAAUGUUUGAAAUGAGGGAGGAAGAAACCAUUCUAUUCCAAGUUUGUUGACACAGCAAAAACUGAGCCUUCAGCAAGUUACCAUGUGCAAUGCAUAAUGUUUGUGAGUUUGGUGUUCAGUUGCUGCACUGUUUAGCGUAAAUGUUCAUGUGUGUCUUUUUGUAUAAGGGCGGGGGGAAGAAAGUGAGCAAAAGAGAAGUUUGUUUGCCAUAAACCUCUUGCAAGGUUUUCUUAAUUUUUAUUUUGUGUUGGGAAUAGCUGCAUUUGAAAUUGGUCUGGUUUAAUACAAAGCAGAAAGACUAAUGAUAUUGAUGCAUCAUUUCAGCAGAUUGCAAAUGUCUUAUUCCAAAAGGGUUCAGGUUCUAUGUGUACAUAUAAACUAUGUUGAUGAGUUUCAUUGAAUAACUUUAUUUUUUGCACUAAGGUUUUUGUGUUUUAAGUGUAAAUUGUAAUUAAGUGUAUAUAUUCUGCAUAACUAAUUUGUGGUGUUUUUAUACAGAAUUUUGAGAUGGGACUAAAAUAGGGAAAUUAAGAAUACACAAA